UGACGUACAGCCGCGCACACUUGUCCUCUCCUGUCACGUGUUACGCAAGUGCCCAUGCCACGUGUCGGCGUACUAUAGCAUAACAUUUUAAUAGUGCAGUACGUACUGUUCCUUUCAGUGUACUAUACGCCAUUAACCCCCGCUGAAGAGAAAGAGAUAGUGAGACGAGAGAGAGAGAGAGGGAGAGAGAGAUGGCAUUCAUGGCGAAUGAUGGGCAUGGUCACAUGCAUGGGAUGAAUAAUACGGCGGCGAUGGAUCAUCCGAUGAAGCAUCACAUGAUGAUGCACAUGACGUUCUUCUGGGGAAAAAACGCCGAGAUCCUGUUCUCCGGCUGGCCCGGCUCCCGCGCCGGCAUGUACUCCCUUGCCCUAAUCUUCGUCUUCGCCCUCGCCUUCCUCGUCGAGUGGCUCUCCCACUGCCGCCUCAUCAAGCCCGGGUCCGAAGACGCCGCCUCCGGAAUCUUGCAGACUGCGAUCCACGCUGUGCGGGUCGCGCUGGCCUACAUGGUGAUGCUGGCCGUCAUGUCCUUCAACGUCGGGGUGUUCUUGGUCGCCGUCGGCGGACACGCCGUCGGGUUCUUGCUGUUCGGGAGUCGGGUUUUCCGGAGGACGCCGGAGCAACCGCAUCUCCAGAAACAGGCCGGGUCGGAUUUUGGUCCGUUGAGUUGCUGAUUUGUGGUCGUAAUUUUGUGUGUUAGAAAUUUUGUGGGGCCUGUAAUCCUCCACAUUUUAUUUCUUUUGCAUUUUUAAAUAAAAUGUUUGAGACUGCUGAUAAAAAGUUUUGUAAUGUAUUGUUUGUUUGUAACGAAACUAUUAUGUUAGGGAUAUGCCUUAAAUUUGGAAUUAUAUUAAAUUUAAAUAAGAUAUAAUAAAAAGUUUGUAUUGAAAUC